AUGGCGGCCUUUGGGAUCUUGAGCUACGAACACCGGCCCCUAAAGCGGCCGCGGCUGGGGCCUCCUGAUGUCUACCCUCAAGAUCCCAAACAGAAGGAGGAUGAACUGACAGCUUUGAAUGUAAAACAAGGUUUCAAUAACCAGCCUGCUGUCUCUGGGGAUGAACACGGCAGUGCCAAGAAUGUCAACUUCAAUCCUGCCAAGAUCAGUUCCAACUUCAGCAGCAUUAUUGCAGAGAAGUUACGUUGUAACACCCUUCCUGACACUGGGCGCAGAAAGCCCCAAGUGAACCAGAAGGACAACUUCUGGCUGGUGACCCCGCGAUCCCAGAGUGCCAUUAAUACCUGGUUCACUGACCUGGCUGGCACCAAGCCACUCACACAGCUAGCCAAAAAGGUCCCUAUUUUCAGUAAGAAGGAAGAAGUGUUUGGGUACUUAGCCAAAUACACAGUGCCUGUGAUGCGAGCUGCCUGGCUCAUUAAAAUGACCUGUGCCUACUAUGCAGCAAUCACUGAGACCAAGGUUAAGAAGAGACCUGUCAUUGAUCCCUUCAUGGAAUGGACCCAGAUCAUUACCAAAUACCUAUGGGAGCAGCUACAGAAGAUGGCUGAAUACUAUCGGCCAGGACCUACAGGAAGUGGCAACUGUACUUCCACAAUUGGGCCUUUGCCUCAUGAUGUAGAGGUUGCAAUCCGGCAGUGGGAUUACAAUGAGAAGCUGGCCAUGUUCAUGUUUCAGGAUGGAAUGUUGGACAGGCAUGAGUUCCUGACCUGGGUGCUUGAGUGUUUUGAAAAAAUCCGCCCUGGAGAGGAUGAACUUCUUAAACUGUUGCUGCCCCUACUGCUUCGGUACUCCGGGGAGUUUGUUCAGUCUGCAUACCUCUCCCGCCGCCUUGCCUACUUUUGUACCCGGAGACUAGCCCUGCAACUGGAUGGCAUGAGCAGUCACUCUUCUCAUGUUAUGUCUGCUCAGUCAACGGGCACACUGCCUACCACCCCUACUCCUCAGCCCCCAGCUACUAGCACACCCUCUACACCCUUUAGUGAUCUGCUUAUGUGCCCUCAGCACCGGCCCCUUGUUUUUGGCCUCAGUUGUAUCCUACAGACAAUUCUCUUAUGUUGUCCUAGUGCCCUGGUUUGGCACUACUCAUUGACUGAUAGUCGAAUUAAGACUGGCUCACCCCUUGACCAUCUGCCUAUUGCCCCCUCCAACUUGCCUAUGCCUGAGGGCAACAGUGCUUUCACUCAGCAGGUCCGUGCAAAGUUGCGGGAGAUUGAGCAACAGAUCAAGGAACGAGGACAGGCAGUUGAGGUUCGAUGGUCUUUUGAUAAGUGCCAGGAAGCCACUGCAGGCUUUACCAUUGGACGGGUACUCCAUACUUUGGAAGUGUUGGACAGCCAUAGUUUUGAGCGCUCUGAUUUCAGCAAUUCACUUGACUCUCUUUGUAACCGAAUUUUUGGAUUGGGGCCUAGUAAGGAUGGGCAUGAGAUAUCCUCAGAUGAUGAUGCUGUGGUAUCUUUACUGUGUGAAUGGGCCGUCAGCUGCAAGCGUUCUGGCCGGCAUCGUGCUAUGGUGGUAGCCAAGCUCCUGGAGAAGAGACAAGCAGAAAUUGAGGCUGAGCGCUGUGGAGAAACAGAAACUGCAGAUGAGAAGGGUUCGAUUGCCUCUGGCUCCCUAUCUGCUCCUAGUGCUCCUGUCUUCCAGGAUGUCCUCUUGCAGUUUCUGGAUACCCAAGCUCCCAUGCUAACGGACCCCCGAAGUGAGAGUGAACGAGUUGAAUUCUUUAACUUGGUACUACUGUUCUGUGAACUGAUUCGACAUGAUGUUUUUUCCCACAACAUGUAUACUUGUACCCUCAUCUCCCGAGGGGACCUUGCAUUUGGAGGCCCUGGUCCCCGGCCUCCAUCUCCCUUUGAUGACCCUACUGAUGAUCCAGAGCGCAAGGAGGCUGAAGGCAGCAGCAGUAGCAAGCUUGAGGACCCAGGUCUCUCAGAAUCUAUGGACAUUGAUCCUAGUUCCAGUGUACUCUUUGAGGACAUGGAAAAGCCUGAUUUCUCAUUAUUCUCCCCUACUAUGCCCUGUGAGGGGAAGGGCAGCCCAUCACCUGAGAAACAAGAUGUUGAAAAGGAAGUAAAACCUCUACACAAAGAGAAGAUAGAAGGAACCUUGGGAGUUCUUUAUGACCAGCCACGACAUGUGCAGUAUGCCACACACUUUCCCAUCCCCCAGGAGGAGUCGUGCAGCCAUGAGUGCAAUCAGCGGUUGGUCGUACUGUUUGGGGUGGGAAAGCAACGAGAUGAUGCUCGCCACGCCAUUAAGAAAAUUACCAAAGAUAUCCUGAAGGUUCUGAACCGCAAAGGGACUGCAGAAACUGACCAGCUUGCUCCUAUUGUGCCUCUGAAUCCUGGAGACCUGACAUUCUUAGGUGGGGAGGAUGGGCAGAAGCGGAGACGAAACCGGCCUGAAGCCUUCCCCACUGCUGAAGAUAUCUUUGUUAAGUUCCAGCACCUUUCACAUUAUGACCAACACCAGAUCACGGCUCAGGUCUCCCGAAAUGUUCUGGAGCAGAUCACAAGCUUUGCCCUUGGUAUGUCAUACCACUUACCUCUGGUGCAGCAUGUGCAGUUCAUCUUCGAUCUCAUGGAAUAUUCACUCAGCAUCAGUGGCCUCAUCGACUUUGCCAUUCAGCUGCUGAAUGAACUGAGUGUAGUUGAGGCUGAGCUGCUGCUUAAAUCCUCGGAUCUUGUGGGCAGCUACACGACCAGCCUGUGUCUGUGCAUUGUGGCGGUUUUGCGGCACUAUCAUUCCUGCCUCAUCCUUAACCAAGACCAGAUGGCACAGGUGUUUGAAGGGUUGUGUGGUGUAGUGAAGCAUGGGAUGAACCGGUCAGAUGGCUCCUCUGCAGAACGCUGUAUCCUUGCUUAUCUCUAUGAUUUGUACACCUCUUGUAGCCACUUAAAGAGCAAAUUUGGGGAGCUUUUCAGUGACUUUUGCUCAAAGGUGAAAAAUACCAUCUACUGCAACGUGGAGCCAUCAGAAUCUAAUAUGCGGUGGGCGCCUGAGUUCAUGAUUGACACUCUGGAGAACCCGGCAGCCCAUACCUUCACCUACACAGGUCUAGGCAAGAGUCUUAGUGAGAACCCAGCGAACCGCUACAGCUUUGUUUGCAAUGCCCUUAUGCACGUUUGCGUGGGACACCAUGAUCCUGAUAGGGUGAAUGACAUCGCAAUCCUGUGUGCAGAGCUGACCGGCUAUUGCAAGUCACUGAGUGCAGAAUGGUUGGGAGUGCUUAAGGCCUUGUGCUGCUCAUCUAACAAUGGCACUUGUGGUUUCAAUGAUCUUCUCUGCAAUGUAGAUGUCAGUGAUUUGUCUUUUCAUGACUCCCUGGCUACUUUUGUUGCCAUCCUCAUUGCUCGACAGUGUUUACUCCUAGAAGAUUUGAUUCGCUGUGCUGCUAUUCCUUCACUCCUUAAUGCUGCUUGUAGUGAACAGGAUUCCGAGCCAGGAGCCCGUCUGACCUGCCGAAUCCUCCUCCACCUCUUCAAGACGCCACAGCUCAAUCCUUGCCAGUCUGAUGGAAAUAAGCCUACUGUAGGGAUUCGCUCUUCUUGUGAUCGCCACCUGCUGGCUGCCUCUCAGAACCGCAUCGUGGAUGGAGCUGUGUUUGCUGUUCUCAAGGCUGUAUUUGUACUUGGGGAUGCAGAACUGAAGGGUUCAGGCUUCACUGUGACAGGAGGAACAGAAGAACUUCCAGAGGAGGAGGGAGGGAGUGGCAGCGGCAGUCGGAGGCAGGGUAGCCGCAAUAUUUCUGUGGAGACAGCCAGCCUGGAUGUCUAUGCUAAGUAUGUGCUGCGCAGCAUCUGCCAACAGGAAUGGGUAGGAGAACGUUGCCUUAAGUCGUUGUGUGAGGACAGCAAUGACCUACAGGAUCCAGUGUUGAGUAGUGCACAGGCCCAGCGCCUUAUGCAGCUUAUUUGCUACCCGCAUCGACUGCUGGACAGUGAGGAUGGGGAAAACCCCCAGCGUCAACGCAUUAAGCGUAUUCUCCAGAACCUGGACCAGUGGACCAUGCGCCAGUCUUCCUUGGAACUGCAACUUAUGAUCAAGCAGACUCCUAACAAUGAGAUGAACUCCCUUUUAGAGAAUAUUGCCAAGGCUACAAUUGAGGUUUUCCAACAGUCAGCAGAGACAGGAUCAUCUUCAGGAAGCACUGCAGGCAACAUGUCCAGCAGUAGCAAGACCAAGCCUGUGCUGAGUUCUCUAGAACGCUCUGGUGUGUGGCUGGUGGCCCCCCUCAUUGCUAAAUUGCCAACCUCUGUUCAGGGACAUGUGUUGAAGGCUGCUGGUGAGGAAUUGGAAAAAGGUCAACACCUGGGUUCUUCUUCCCGCAAAGAACGAGAUCGACAAAAGCAAAAGAGCAUGUCCCUACUGAGCCAGCAGCCCUUCUUAUCUCUGGUACUGACUUGUCUGAAAGGACAGGAUGAGCAACGUGAAGGACUCCUUACCUCCCUCUACAGCCAAGUGCACCAGAUUGUGAAUAAUUGGCGAGAUGACCAGUACUUAGAUGACUGCAAACCAAAGCAGUUAAUGCAUGAGGCACUCAAACUGCGACUCAACCUGGUGGGGGGCAUGUUUGACACAGUGCAGCGCAGCACCCAGCAGACCACAGAGUGGGCUGUCCUCCUCCUGGAGAUCAUCAUCAGUGGCACUGUCGACAUGCAGUCCAACAAUGAGCUCUUCACUACUGUAUUGGACAUGUUAAGUGUGCUCAUUAAUGGAACACUGGCUGCAGACAUGUCUAGUAUCUCUCAGGGCAGCAUGGAGGAAAACAAACGUGCGUACAUGAACCUGGUGAAGAAGCUGCGGAAGGAGUUGGGAGAGCAUCAAUCAGACAGUCUGGAAAAGGUUUACCAGCUGCUGCCAUUGCCCAAGCAGACACGAGAUGUCAUCACAUGUGAACCACAGGGCUCCCUUAUUGACACCAAGGGCAACAAGAUUGCUGGUUUUGAUUCUAUCUUCAAGAAGGAGGGUCUACAGGUUUCCACCAAACAAAAGAUCUCUCCCUGGGAUCUUUUUGAGGGUUUGAAGCCUUCAGCACCACUGUCUUGGGGCUGGUUUGGAACAGUCCGGGUCGACCGGCGAAUUGCUCGAGGAGAAGAGCAGCAGCGAUUGCUGCUCUACCACACACACCUGAGACCCCGGCCCCGUGCCUAUUACCUAGAACCACUGCCUCUGCCACCAGAAGAUGAGGAACCUCCUGCUCCCACACUAUUAGAGCCUGAGAAAAAGGCUCCGGAGCCCCCCAAAACUGACAAACCAGGGGCUGCUCCAUCUAGCACUGAGGAACGCAAGAAAAAGUCCACCAAGGGCAAGAAACGUAGUCAACCAGCCACCAAAACAGAGGACUAUGGAAUGGGCCCAUGUCGGAGUGGUCCAUAUGGUGUGGCAGUACCUCCAGACCUCUUGCACCACCCAGCUGCUGGCUCAAUAUCCCAUCUUAGCUACAGGCAGGGGUCCAUAAGCCUGUAUACCCAAAACCAGCCAUUACCUGCAGGUGGUCCUCGUGUAGACCCAUACCGCCCAGUGCGGUUACCAAUGCAGAAGUUGCCAGCACGACCAAAUUACCCUGGAGUGCUGCCUACAACUAUGACUGGUGUCAUAGGACUAGAUCCAUCCUCUUAUAAGACCUCUUUAUACCGUCAGCAACAACCUUCAGUGCCCCAAGGACAGCGCCUUCGCCAACAGCUCCAGCAGAGUCAGGGGAUAUUGGGACAGUCAUCUGUUCAUCAGAUGACUACUGGCUCUUCUUAUGGUUUGCAGACCUCCCAGGGCUAUACUCCUUAUGGUUCUCAUGUGGGAUUACAACAACACACAGGCCCUGCAGGUACCAUGGUGCCACCCAGCUAUUCCAGCCAGACUUAUCAAAGCACCCACCCUACUACCAAUUCUACUCUUAUAGAUCCUACGCGUCAUCUACAACAGAGGCCUAGUGGUUAUGUGCACCAGCAGGCCCCAGCCUAUGGACAUGGACUGGCCACUCAGAGAUUUUCACACCAGGCACUGCAGCAGACACCUAUGAUAGGUAACAUGACUCCACUGAGUUCUCAAGGAGUCCAAGCAGGUGUACGAUCAUCUUCUAUCUUGCCUGAGCAGCAGCAACAACAGCAACAGCAGCAACAGCAGCAGUACCACAUCCGACAACAGCAGCAGCAGCAGAUCCUGCGGCAACAACAGCAACAGCAGCAGCAGCAGCAGCAGCAGCAGCAGCAGCAACAGCAGCAGCAGCAGCAGCAGCAGCAGCAGCAGCAGCAACAGCAGCAACAGCAGCAGCAGCAGCAGCAACCGCAACCACAGCAGCAACCACAGCAACAGCAGCAGGCAGCUCCACCCCAGUCCCAGCCCCAGCCCCAAUCUCAGCCUCAGUUUCAGCGCCAGGGCCUUCAGCAGACCCAGCAGCAGCAACAGACAGCAGCACUGGUCCGUCAACUCCAACAACAGCUCUCCAAUACUCAACCACAGCCCAAUACCAACAUAUUUGGACGCUACUGA